AUGGCUUGCUUGGUAUCUCGAACGGGAAGGGAGAUGCAGAGGUACAACAGUAGUGGUGCCAGACAAGUUGUGGGGUGCAUACCUUACAGAUAUAAAGAAGACAUUGAUGGCAAUGUGAGUGAUGAAUUGGAGGUGCUUGUGGUUAGUUCACAAAAAGGCCAAACAUUUAUGUUCCCAAAGGGAGGAUGGGAACUGGAUGAAUCAAUAGAAGAAGCAGCUUACAGGGAGUCUCUGGAAGAAGCAGGAGUUAUUGGAAUAGUUGAGCAUGAAUUGGGGCAAUGGAACUUCCUUAGCAAAAGACAUGGCACAUACUAUGAAGGACACAUGUUUCCUCUGCUUGUGAAACAACAACUUGACCUAUGGCCCGAGAAAGAUCUUCGGAGAAGAAUAUGGAUGAGUGUUGACGAAGCUGGAGAAGUUUGUGAGCAUUGGUGGAUGAAGGAAGCAUUACACGUUCUUGUUCAACAACACACAGCAAAAUAG